AUGUAUCCAGCAUUCUCUGAUAUCGGUAUUGCUUACAAUAUACCAACUGCCAUAUUGUUACAGAAUUAUCUACCUCCAUCUACUUGGGGCACUCUUCGAGAGGACUAUAACCGAGCAACUCGACUCAUCCGACGGUUUGACGACGUAUUCGGUGGUCUCGUACUUUUGUCUUUCGCUACCAAUCUUUUCUGGAUAUGUUUGCAGAUAUUCAAUAUAUUGGGGCUCUUUCAGGGUUACGAGCACCCCAUUUUCACAACGUCAGUCUUGAUAACGAGGUUUACGACUAUGUGUCUUUCAGCAGCUAGUGUGAACGUCGCCUCUAUGGUGCCGGCCUCUGCUCUUUAUAGAGUUACGUCCUGUUCUUAUUCAAUUGAGAUGGCUGGUACUAUUUUAACUUAUGAGCUGGUGCUUCUACAGUUAGGUGGUGAAGAAUUCUAA